AUCACUGAUCCGACGGAGGACUUUACUUUACGAGUUACGAGUAUCUUUGUCGAGGCGAAAGCAGACACUGAGGCAGGCAUCCUGGGUUCCACUCGUGCCAUAUCCUGUUGGAAUUCCAUCCAACUUGGUCUUUCCUGUUGUGGCGCCAAUAACUACACCGAUUGGUUGACAGUUAAAGAGACAAAUUCAACUCAACACAACACGAAUCUCACUGUCCAAGCACCGAUAACAACAACAACAGCAAUUCCAGCUUCAUUGGAUCAUCGUAAAUUGCCUGGAACUUGUAUGUGUCGGCAAAGUGAAAUUGGUUUGUCCACAAAUGAGCCCAACAUUUGCCAGUCUCUUGAUGCUUCCAGCAGUCCCGGCAUCUCGAGCUCCUCGCCAGUCUGGGUGAUAUCUCGAGGCUGUUCUAAGUUGAUUAAGCAAGUGGUACUCAAUCAUCUGAACUCCACUCGGAUUGUUUUACUCUUCAGCUUCUUCCUCACCUUGGCCACAUUUAUUGCAGCCCUGAUAUUCACUCUGAAGACAGCUCAUCUCUCUGUUGUCGAGAGGUUCACCAACACUAUCACUAGUGCUGCCACGGCGACAAAUAACGCAACACCUGCAAGUGACAGCAACAGUGUUGGGCCCGAUGUGGUUGACGAAGAGUGGAUUUCAAGAUUUCACUUUCGAGACUCGUUCAACAGCAGAAGAAUGCCAUCCAACGUCUGCUGGUGGCCUGACGUACGCAAACAACUCAUGACGGUCUCGCUGCCCACUGGCAACCUUUCUUCAAGGCGCCAUAUUCACAAGCGUUGUUUCCACCUGCAUCGCAGUCAUUCGGCCGUGGAUAUGUCAGAGGAUGACCAACCAAUCGCCAACACGUCUCGCGACCGACAGCAAUUGUGUUGGCAGAAUAGCGACGACUCGGCUACGGCCAUGGCCAGUCGGUUUUCACGUCAGGCCUCGAUGGAGAAAGGGGCUCGCCGCAUGAGAAGUUUGAGCGGCGGUUGUACCCGAGGCGAGCUGACAAAUGCUGAUGUGCACUGGCUCCUGCGGGAGAAGGGGCUCGGCAGUUCUCGAGGCCCGACAGGUCAAAUAGCCUACGACCGGCCAAGUGACAAAGGUGACUGA